AGAACACUCUUUGUCUUCUUGUUUUGUCACACACAACACAACACAACACAACACAAAAUCUCGUUCACACAUACCAUAAUCAUUUUUCUCAAUAAAUAAUCACUUCCAAUUUCUACACUUUCCAAUACCCUUUUGAUAAUCACUUCUACUCCCUUUCAUGGCUUCUCUCCUUAAUCUCGUUCAUCACCCUGCCUCAACUUCUCUCUCUCACUCUUUACCAUCUUCUUCUUCUUCUUCUUCUUCUUGUUUCUUUCCACGCAACAACAUCAAUGUUUUUACUCCAAAGGGUAAUAAACAUAUCAAGCCAUCAUCCCUUAUUGUCAAAGCUGCUGAAACUGAUGAAUCUAUAACUAUUCCAAUUCCUUCAAACCCAUUUGAUACUAUCCCCAACUUGAAGCUCAAUCUUCUGAGUGCUGUUUCUGGGCUAAAUAGAGGUCUUGCUGCCAAUGAAGAAGACCUACAAAAGGCAGAUGCUGCGGCUAAGGAACUUGAAUCUGCUGGAGGAUUAGUGGACCUCUCGGAAGACCUUGAUAAAUUGCAAGGAAGAUGGAAACUGAUAUAUAGCAGUGCGUUCUCAUCUCGUACUCUAGGUGGGAGCCGUCCCGGACCUCCCAUUGGAAGGCUCCUUCCUAUAACUCUCGGACAGGUUUAUCAACGAAUUGACAUCUUAAGCAAAGAUUUUGAUAAUAUAGUGGAUCUUCAGUUGGGUACUCCGUGGCCUGUACCGCCUGUUGAAGUAACAGCCACAUUAGCUCACAAAUUUGAACUCGUAGGUUCUUCAAAGAUCAAGAUAGUAUUUGAUAAAACCACAGUGAAGGCAACUGGGAAUCUUUCACAGUUGCCACCGCUAGAGGUACCUCGAAUUCCAGAUGCAUUAAGGCCACCAACUAAUAAUACAGGAACUGGUGAUUUUGAAAUUACAUAUCUUGACUCGGAUACCCGCGUCACCAGAGGAGAUAGAGGCGAGCUAAGGGUCUUUGUGAUUUCAUAAGUUCCCGGUGUAUGAACUAUGUUUUUUAUGAUAGUGUAUUGUCUUGCUAUACGAUUUUCGAUAUUGUAACAUUGAUAUAACCAAUCCACACUAUGCAGCUCCAAGGGAACAUGAUACUUUUUGUUUACGUGUAACAUAUUAAUCUUAAAGGAAUAUUUGUUUAUAGAUA